CUCCUGGAGCAGAUCUAUAAAGUGAAUUUCCUUCUGCAUGAGGACAUGGUGACAUUUGAUGACAAUGGGGACCUCCUUAGUGACUAUAACAUCAUCGCUUGGGACUGGAGUGGGCCCACGUGGACCUUUAGGAUCAUUGGCUCCUCCACGUGGUCUCCAGUUGGUUUGAACAUAAAUAAGACGAAAAUCCAGUGGCACGGAGAGAACAACCAGGUGCCUACAUCCGUGUGUACCAAGGACUGUCUUGAAGGGCACCAUCGAGUGGUUGUGGGUUCCCACCAUUGUUGCUUCGAGUGUGUGCUCUGUGAGGCUGGAACCUUUCUCAACAAGAGUGACCUCAACAGCUGCCAGCCUUGUGGGAAAGAAGAGUGGGCACCUGAGGGAAGCCAGACCUGCUUCCCACGCACUGUGGUGUUUUUGACUUGGCAUGAGCCCAUAUCUUGGAUGCUAUUGGCAGCUAAUACACUGCUGUUGUUGCUGCUGGUUGGGACUGCUGUUCUGCUUGCUUGGCACCUAGACACACCUGUUGUAAGGUCAGCUGGGGGCAGGCUAUGCUUCCUCAUGCUGGGCUCCCUGGCAGCGGGUAGCUGCAGCCUCUAUGGUUUCUUUGGGGAGCCCACAGUGCCCACUUGCUUGCUGCGCCAGGCCCUCUUUUCCUUCGGUUUCGCCAUCUUUCUGUCUUGCUUGACAAUCCGCUCUUUCCAACUGGUUAUCAUCUUCAAGUUUUCCACCAAGGUACCCACAUUCUACCAUGCCUGGGUCCAAAACCAUGGUGCUGGCCUGUUUGUGAUAGUCAGCUCAAUGGCCCAGCUGCUCAUCUGUUUAACUUGGCUUGCAGUGUGGACCCCACUGCCCACCAGAGAAUACCAGCGCUUCCCCCAGUUGGUGAUGCUUGAGUGUACAGAGGCCAACUCUCUGGGCUUCCUAUUGGCGUUCACCUACAAAUGUCUCCUCUCCGUCAGUGCCUUUGCCUGCAGUUACAUGGGCAAGGAGCUGCCAGAGAACUAUAACGAGGCCAAAUGCGUCACUUUCAGCUUGCUCCUUAAUUUCGUAUCCUGGAUCACCUUCUUCACCAUGGCUAGCAUCUACCAGGGAAAGUACCUGCCGGUAGUUAACGUGCUGGCUGGGCUGAUCAGCCUGAGCGGCGGCUUCAGCGGUUAUUUCCUUCCGAAGUGCUAUGUGAUCCUCUUCCGACCAGACCUCAACAACACAGAGCACUUCCAGGCCUCCAUCCAAGACUACACGAGGCGCUGCGGCUCCACCUGA